AUGUACCACACAUCAGCACGAUUAUGUUACGUGUGUGAAAGACCUGGACAUAAAGCGAAAGAUCAUUCACCGUAUGACGCCGGUGUUUACAGUCUCAUACCAGAUGUGAGUGCACAAGGCGGCAUAGGUGGUGGUUUUCUUUACGGUGGUGAUUGUGGUGGUACACAGUCGUCAAACAACUGUCCGUUAAGUGAUGAACAAAUUGGUGGACAAAUACAAGGCGGUAGUUUUGUUUACGGUGCUGAUUAUAGUGGUACACAGUCGUCACAUAACUAUCCGUUAAAUGGUGGACAAAUGGUUGGACAACAACCGGUGAGACUAGUGAAUCACGUCCCACAACCAGAUGCUCCUCCACCACCAAUACCACAAAAACAAUAG